UAGUCUAUAAAUCACAUCACAAAUCUCUCUCUAAAAAAAAAAAAAUACAAUUUCUGCAAAAAUUAAAAAAAAAAUCCCCUAGCUUUUCACUGCUACUAUUUUUACUCGCCCCUUUUCUCCUCCAUAUCACCCCGACUCCGUUCUCUCUUUCUCGCUCUCUCUCCCUCUCUCUCCAUUUCGUUCUCCAUUUCGCGGAGCUCCUUCGAGGGAGAGGAGGGGGAUGAGGCAGAUCCCUUAGUCUCUCUGAUCCCCGUCGAUUUAUCGCUUCCCACAGAGUUCGAUCGCGCCCCCAAUCGGUUUGAUUCGAGGCUUGGACAAAUGACUAAUGCAAAAAAGGGAACUGAAACUACAAUCAUGCCAAAGGAUCGGAUUGAUUCUCCAUCCUUUGAUGAAGGUAGCAGUAGCGGCGGAUCAGCUAAUGGAGGAGCCCCUGUUUUAAAGAAGGGACCUUGGACUUCUGCUGAAGAUGCCAUUCUCAUCGACUACGUUAAGAAGCACGGGGAGGGGAACUGGAAUGCUGUUCAAAAGAAUUCGGGCCUGUCGCGCUGCGGUAAGAGCUGCCGUCUCCGAUGGGCUAAUCAUCUGAGGCCAAACUUGAAGAGAGGUGCCAUCACUCAAGAGGAGGAGGAUAAGAUCAUUCAACUGCACGCUAUGUUAGGGAACAAAUGGGCUAAAAUGGCUGCUCGUUUACCAGGGCGGACAGAUAACGAGAUAAAGAACUAUUGGAACACCCGGAUAAAGAAGCGUUUGCGAAUGGGGUUACCAAUUUACCCAGAAAAUAUCACUGUUCAAGUACAAAACGAAAAUCAGCAAUCUCACGUCGCUAGCAGCUUUAGCAGCAGUUUCCCUGAAAGGCCAAACUAUAUUUUCCACGGAAACAAUGUUGACUUGCCUUAUAUCAUCUUCGACAAUUUAAAUGCCAACCCAGGAGCCUUAUCCUACCUACCGCCACCAAACUCUAAUUUUUCUCUCUCUAGCAUGCGUAUUCAGAGUUUGGGGGUGCAAAAUCGUUGCUUCACGAAUUCAAUGAACCACACAAGACAGCUUAAUGAAACGAUCUCUCUUCCCACUGGGCUUCCUGUUGUUGAGCAACUCUCCAGUUAUUCUUAUGAUCCUGACCCUGGCAGUAAGAACCCAGAAGCGCCUCUAGUGAGUGCUUUUGGUGGUGGCCAUUCCCUUUUGAAUGGCUUCUCCUCUGCUUCUAAGCCCCUUCAAGGGGCCGUGAAGUUGGAGCUCCCUUCACUCCAAUAUUCUGAGACUGAUUUUACCACGGAUGAUCCUUGGUUAGAUAAAGCAGUUGAUACUUAUCUGCAAUCUCCUGCUACAAUUCAUUCGGUGCAAAACAACACUUUUGCCUCUAUGCAAAAUACCGGUCUUUUAGAAUCCCUUAUUAACAUAUCACCAACUGUAAACAGCUUGGAAAAUCGGCCAUGCCCAAAUAGUUCUGGUUCUUCAGUUUUGACAACCAAUGACUUGGCAGAAGCUCCUGAGAUUAAUGUCUACAACCAACGCUUGGUAGGUUAUAAUGAAAUAGCUUCUCCGUGGAGUAAAUUUCCUACUUUUUUAAAUGAGUGCACGCCUCCUCUUUGCAGCAGCCCGCUUGAUGAGCUUCCACCCCCCAACUCGCCUUUUGGAUCGAAUAUUAUCUUUGCUUCUGGUGAGCAAAUUCCAGGCCCACGGUCAAGCGAACAAGAAACCCUAUCUCGCCCGGAUUUCUUAAGGCCAGACGAAUUGCUUGAUUCUAACUGGUUUCAUGGAAGUUCUGAAAUUGCAAAAGAAGAUUAUGAUGUCAACGAGGUAAUAACGGCACUUUUAGCUGAAGACUUUUGCAACAGGCCUGUUUCUAUCGAUUCAACUUAUAUAUUCAGUAAUGGGCUCGGCCUCAAUGCCUUCCCGUGGAAGAACAUGCCUCAGGCUUGUCAAAUGUUCGAAAAUCCUUGAGAUCUUUUAUCGAAGGGCUAAAUUGCAGGAGACCCCUUAUAAAUAUUGUGAUUUUCACAUUACCCUGCUGAAAUUUAGAAACAACAUCUUAUCCUAUUGGCACUCAUGACGGAGGGGACGGGGGGAAGAUGAUGAUAUCUUGGAGUAUGCAGGAUUCAAUAUUUUAGCCGGAAUUAACGGAAACUGCGAUGUUUAUUGGGGAUUUCCUUCAAUUUAGCCUGUACGUGAACUUAGAUUUAUUUCGGCUUUGGGUGAUUAAUAGUACUUUGCUAGUGUAGCCAUUGCUUAUGUUUCUUGUUUGUAACAGUAAAAUAUUAGAUGUUAUAUGCUUGCUUUAAGCAUUCGACGGGUUAAUUAGGGCUAGUAAUUUACUGUGAAUUGUUGUUGAAUAAUAUGAGGGAGAUUAACGAUGUUACCCGUGAUACUUCAAUUUCACAUAUGGAGGAGUUAUUUGUUUUUCCUGUUAAA